UUUUGUGCUGAAUUUGUUUUUAAAUUACUUUGGUUUUUCUUUCUUUUGCAAAUGGUUGUGAAAGGAAGCUCAUAUUAUGUUUUGUAGAGCAACAAAUGAAUGUCACACUCUUUGGUUGAUCUUUUUUUCUUUUUCUUUUUUUUACCUUGGGCUUCGCUUGUUUUGUGCUUCUUGUCCUUUAAAAAGUGUUACAGAGUUUUUGUUAUCACUGCUUCAUACUCCAUUGUAUUUUUCGAUUCUCAUCUUCACAGAGGGAUAAAGGUUUCCCAAAAAGACACUACAAACGAGAGAUUUCCUUAAAAAUUGCACAUGAAUGGUAAUAAAACAUAUGAACCUUUUCAAAUUGGUAUUUGAAUAUGUGACCCAGUAAGCAAAAAGCUUGAAAAAUGUUGUUUAUUUUUCUACGCUUAGUUUUUGGGAAAUGUGCACUAUGACCCCUGAUAGCAUCACAUGUAAUUCAGUACCUGAAAGACUAAGUCUAAACAAUGAAUAUUAGUUAUUAGAAGAUCGAUAACACAGGUUUGCUUUGUGCAACAGAGCAGAGAGGGACCAAAAAGGCAGCACAGAUAUUCCACAUCACGUCUGAAAAUCAUUUCAUCAUGGUGCUUUUUCUUAGGAAUGGGGGAGACUGGACCCCCUGCCUGGAGUGAACAAACCCUACCUGCAGAACAAGAAAUCUAUAUAUUUCUUUUUACAUUUGUUUUUACACUGACUUGUGGGAUCCCACUGGAGUCAUCUCUGCUGAGCUUCUUCCAUAACAUUACUUCUGUCUUUGAAAGCAGUUGCCUGUGAUUUCAAAAUAAAGCUCCACAACACACAGAGACUUAUUUGAUGGAGGCUUACAGCAGCAACAGCCCUUGAGUUAUAUUUUUACCAUAGCAAAUUUCAUUUUCAGUCAUGUCCUGAAUCAGUUAAGCUUAUUAAAGCUUAAAGUAAACAUCAUUUAGAAAGAGCAAAGAAGGUGAAUAUAUAUACUGUAUGUUCUAGAAUAAAUAUGAAAAGAAGUGCAUCAUUUUCUUGGACAUGAACUUGACAUGAAUUGCACACGUCUGUUAAUGCAACAGAAAAAAACACCUAUUCAAGCAAAGCUUCUAUGUGACAAUAGCUUUUAACUCAAACCUCAUAAAUGAUUGGUUAAGUCUCCUCCUUAGGUGGAUUAGACUUAAAUAAAUACUUUUAUUUCUAUGCAACAGAACACCACCCUCUUUACCAAAAAAAAGAAGAGAAAAUCUGUGAAGGGUGGGAACUUUAGCGUCCACUCAGUCGGGGUGCUUUGUGAAGUCACAGGCUGCUUUUACGCACGGCAAACAGUUUGAUCCUUGUUCUCUCAUAAUCAUCUUCAGCGACGCAGCGUUGCUCACCCUGCCAGUUUUGAUCAGAGCUUUCCUAUUCGCCAUUUGAAACACUCAAAGUGCGUCUGGAGGACCAACUCGACCACCGCGUCAAGAGGGGCUGUUCAGGAGGAGAACUCAACUUUGGAGAGCAGCAGUCAGACCCGAGCGGAGAGCGCAUCGGCGCGCGCUUUCAUCCAACCUCCCCACUUUUUUCCCAAUGGAUCCCAUCAUGAAUGACACGGGAAUAUUUUGCACAGACAACCAAACAAACAAUUUUACUGAUCAUUCGUGCUUAAACCCAACUUCUCCACCCUACAGCCCCAUCGACAUCACCACCUUCAUGCAUAUUUUCCCAUCGAUUUACGGAAUCCUGUGCACUGUGGGAGUUGUUGCCAACGGGCUGGUUAUUUACGCAGUGGCGGCAUGCAAGAAGAAAAUGGUCUCGGACAUCUACGUGCUGAACUUGGCCAUAGCCGACAUGCUGUUCCUGCUUGUGAUGCCCUUCAACAUCCACCAGCUGGUCAGGGACAGGCAGUGGGUGUUCGGAAACUUUAUGUGUAAAGCGGUGGUCGUGGUGGAUGUCAGCACGCAGUUCACCACAGUGGGGAUUGUGACAGUGCUGUGCAUUGACCGAUACAUAGCUAUUGUUCAUCCGAGCUCAGAGAAGAGGACCGUCCACUGGACCAUCCUCAUCAACAUGUUGGUGUGGCUGGGCAGCUUCCUCCUCACCAUUCCUGUCAUGAUAUACGCCAAGGUGGUUCGCAGGCAGCACCUGGAGGUGUGCAUAAUGGACCUGGACGGGCCGGAGGACAUGUACUGGUACACGCUCUACCAGUCUAUCCUCGGCUUCAUCAUCCCUCUCUUUAUCAUCAGCACCUUUUACUCGCUAACCCUCUAUCACGUUUUCCGGUCCAUCCGGCGAGUCAAGCGAAAGCAGUCUGUGUGGGCGAAACGAGCCACUAAGAUGGUCCUCAUGGUUAUCGCCGUGUUUCUGAUCUGCUGGUCCCCCUACCAUGUCAUCCAGGUGAUAAACCUGAGCAACAACUCCCCGACCAUCGCGUUCGUGUACGCGUACAACAUCAGCAUUUGCCUCAGCUACUCCCACAGCUGCAUCAACCCGCUCAUGCUGCUCAUCUUUGCCCAGAACUACCGCGAACGCCUGUGCCGCCGAAAUGCGCUGAACAGCUCCCAGCACACAUCGAAGGUCACUGUGGUCAAAACGGACGGCACCAGCACGUCGAAUGACCCCAACUAUCGCAUAACUGUGAUCUAAACACAGAGACAACUUUUUGUAAAUACAUGCCAUCUGUAAAUAUGUCAUCGCCUGCCUCUAAGGAAGGUGGUCAAUGUGAAAGAUGAUGUCCGGGAAGGUGAGGGACGCUUCAGCAAGCGGAGUCUCAAAAGCCAAAACUGUACAAAACACAGGGCUGAUGAAAGAGGGUGAAACCCCAAUAUAAAUAAAAAUAAAACAGGGAUUUAGUUUUUUUAGUCCCUUAAAAGAAAAGAUUCAUUUGGAGUCAUGAUGGACAUGAGUGUUGAGAAGAUAUUGUAGAAUGGGCUUGUUACACCAGUAAAACUGGACAAUUAUCCUCCAUUCUCUCAUAAGGAUUUGGUUGUUUUGAAGUGGUCUAAGUGGUUGAUAUUUUGACAUGAAGAGGCUGUGAGGAGUUUUCUUCUGUCAUAUGGCAGCUGUAAUCAAUGUUUUUUACUCAUAUGAUUUUAAAAAAAAAUCAAAAACAGUUACAGGAUAUACCGUCAGGAGGACGUUUUCCUUGUGUUUUGAUCCCAAUCUUCUUUAUUGUGCUUCAAGCAAAAAAGUGUAACUAUAUGUAAAAUAUUAUUCUGCAAACGCUUGUCAAACUGCAUCACAUGAUUAUCGAAAAACUUUAGAAGAACAAAUCAUUUGUUUGUGUCUAUGUUAUGGGAGUCUGACAGUGAAGUCAUCCUGCCAAAAAGCUGUUUCCAAAGUUUUGACUGAUUUUUAAGUGAAGUACUGUACCUUGAGACUAUGUGAAUGGACAGAACACGUGACGUAGGAAUCUCGUUUUGAUUUUUAGUCGUUUAUCAUGAACACGGAGCUUCUGACAUACAUCACUAGAUACUGCAGUUUGAAUCACUCAGGGAUGGCUUUACACCCCAGGUCUCGUCAAAAUAAUCGAUAAUCUCUCGGAUUGCAAAAUUUCUGCGGAGGCUGUGAUCUUUAUGGACUUAGUAUGAGAUGAUGGUGAUGUGUUUAUUGCUUAUCUGCAGCCUUAUGAAGAGGAGAGCUAACAGCAAAGCAGCCUCCCUCAAAGGCAUAGAAACUCAUAUUAACUCAUAUAAAAAGAUGAGAUCCGCACACAUCUGGACAUUGUGACAUGCAGGUGAUCGUUGUCUUGCUCUGUAGUGUCCCCCGUUGUUUUGUGUUCCUAUGUAUUUAAUAUCCUCCCUCUGAUUUUUGCACCGAUGCGAAUGUUUUUCAUGAAGAGCCUUUUUGUCCAUUUGUCCAAGCUUUUUCUGCUUUGCUUCAGUUUUGUUCAAUAAAUAAUGACACAGUCGAUGUCACGUCGUA